AUGGCCCAGGGCCGACUGCUGGUCAUCGCCGGCUCCGACUGCUCCGGAGGAGCCGGCCUCGAGGCAGACCAGAAGGUCAUCGCCGCUCAUGGCUGCUACGCCAUGACGGCCACCACUGCCCUGACGGCCCAGAACACCCUCGGCGUCUACGACAUCCACCAGGUGCCGCCCGCGUUCCUGAGGAGGCAGAUCGACGCCUGCUUCGAUGACAUCGGAGUAGACGUCGUCAAGACCGGCAUGCUCGCCUCGACAGAGACGAUACGGGCCGUCGCCGAGGCGCUCGAGGGCCGCGACUUCGGCAGGCUGGUCAUCGACCCCGUCAUGGUCGCCACCACGGGCGCCGAGCUGCUGCCCUCCGAGGCGCUGCGCGCUCUGCGCGAGCGCCUGUUCCCGCGCGCCAUCAUCGUCACGCCCAACAUCCCCGAGGCGCGCCUGCUGCUGGCCGACGCGGGCCACGCGCCCGUCGAGCUGGACGGCGUCGCGGACCUCGAGGCCGUGGCGCGCGCUCUGCACUCGCUCGGGUCCGAGUGGGUGCUCGUCAAGGGCGGGCACUGCCCGCUCAGGAGGGACUACGCCGUCGCCAAGACGGACGCGGAGAGGGAGAUUGUGGUCGAUGUGCUGUGCGGGAGGGAAGGGUGCGUCAGGAUAGAGACGGACUUUCAGACGAGCCGGAACACGCAUGGCACGGGUUGCUCUCUGGCUUCUGCGAUUGCAUCCAACCUUGCCAAAGGCAUACCGGUCCCGCAGGCCGUCAAGGCUGCGUGUAGGUAUAUCCAGUCUGGCAUUCAGACUGCGCCUGGCUUAGGCAGUGGCAAUGGCCCCCUUAACCACUUCCACUCGACCUACUCGCUGCCAUUCUCCCCAGGCCGCUUUGUUGAAUGGAUGCUGGACCGCCCGGAUGUGGCCCCUGUCUGGCAUCAAUUCAUAAACCACCCGUUCGUUAUGGCGAUGGGGAAUGGAACGCUGCCCCUGGAGUCCUUCAAAGGCUAUCUUAUUCAGGAUUACCUUUACUUGUUUGCUCGCGCAAACGCCCUUGCAGGCUACAAGGCUAAGAAUAUGAGGGACAUCUCUGCCGCCGCCGCCAUCGUUGGGCACAUAGACAGGGAGACAGCCCUGCACUUGACAUAUUGCGAGGGCUUUGGUGUCUCUCGGGAUGAGAUGGAGGCGACCGAGGAGAAACAAGCUUGCACGGCCUACACCAGAUACGUCUUGGACAUCGGACAAUCCCAAGACUGGCUGGGUCUGCAAAUCGCACUCGCCCCAUGCCUCCUGGGCUACGGCGCCCUGGCAAAAAUGCUACAUGGAGACUCAAAGUCUGUCAGGCAAGGAAACCACUACUGGAACUGGAUCGAGAACUAUGUUGCGGAUGAUUACGUGCAAGCUGUGAAGACGGGUUCAGAACUCCUCGAGAGGAACGCCGUUCUACAGUCACCUUCUCGUAUCGAAGAACUAGUCAAGAUAUUCGUUCAUGCUACCAAGAUGGAAAUUGGCUUCUGGGAGAUGUUCCCACACAGUCAAGACUAG